CUAUUUAGGGUUAUCUUCUUUUUUUUCCAAGACUGUUUUCUCCUUUUAUUGGAAGCACAGUUUCAAGAUAUUUUCACUCCAUCUAAAGAAAAGUAUAAACUAAUUUCUGACAGCGGGGGGCAGCAUGACGCUUCUCAGCCUGCAGUCUACUGAAAUCCAUCAGAAGCAGCAGCAGCAGAGAUAUUUGCGGAAUAAAAUCCACUGGAUGAGAGAAAAACAACAGAGCAAAGAUGAACCGACACCGUAAACUGAUGGAUGUGUUUUCACAACCUGCACUGAAGCUGAGAGGAGCAGCUUCACCUUCAGAUGUCCGAAAAGUGAUUGUCGGUGAAGACGAGCAGGCGGAGUGCAGCUCCGAUCUGGACCAGGAGGACCCAGACCCCCCACAGAUUAAAGAGGAACAGGAGGAACUCUGGGUCAGUCAGGAGGGAGAGCAGCUUCAACGGCUGGAGGAGGCUGAUAUCACAGACUUCAUAUUCAGUCCUGUCCCCGUGAAGAGUGAAGAUGAUGAAGAGAAACCUCAGUCCUCACAGCUUCAUCAAAGACAAACUGAGGAGAUGAAAACAGAAGCUGAUGGAGAGGACUGUGGAGGAUCAGAACCAGCUAAGAAUUCUCAUCCAGAAAGACAUUUACUUCAAGCUACUGAUAAUAAGACUUUGGACUCUUCUGAAACUGAGGCUGAAGAUGGUGAUGAUGAUUGGAUGGAGACCAGGCAACCUCAAUCAGGUUUAGAUUCUGUGAAAAAUAACAAAGUCUCUGCAAAUGAUGUGAGACAUAAUACUGGUUGGAAAUCAUUCUGCUGCUCUGGGUGUGGGAAAAGAUUUGGCUGCAAAGGAGGCCUGAAGAGACACAUGCAAAUACACACAGGAGAGAAACAGUUCAGUUGCCCAGUUUGUGGUAAAACAUUUACAUACAAGGCAAAUAUGACACAGCACAUGGCCGUCCACACGGGGGAGAAACGAUAUAGUUGCAGUUUUUGUGACAAAAGAUUUGCCUGGUCUAUACAAGUCAAAACUCAUCGUUGUGUUAGUGUGUCCUCACAGGUGAAUGAAGGGAAUUUGUUUAGCUGCUCUGAAUGUGGUAAGAUAUUUCGCCACGACACGAACCUGAAGGCACACAUGAGACUCCACACAGGAGAGAAACCAUUCAGCUGCUCAUUUUGUAACAAAAGGUUCAUUUGGCAUCAUCAGCUCCAAACUCAUAAGUGUGUCAGUUUUCAGCCCUCACAGCUUCAUCAAAGACAAACUGAACAGAUGGAAACAGAAGGUGAUGGAGAGGACUGUGGAGGAUCAGAACCAGCCAGAAACUCACAUCCAGAUAAACAUUUACAACCUCAUACUGAUGACAAGACUUCAGACUGUUCUGAACCUGAGAUGGAAGACAAUGAUGAUGAUUACAAGAAGACCAGAGAACUUCACUCUGGCUUAAACUCUGAGAAAAACAAAGUCCCUGCAAGCGAUAUUAGAUGUAAUAUUGCUGAGAAACCAUUUAGCUGCUCACUGUGUGGUAAAAGAUUUGAUCACAGGGACUAUCUGAAUGCACAUGUGAGAAUUCAUGCAGAAGAGAAACCAUUUCACUGCUCCUUUUGUGGUGAGAGAUUCCCUCGAAAGGCAACCCUAAUUAGUCACUUAAGUGUUCAUACGGGAGAUAAGUCUUUCAGCUGUUCAGUUUGUAAGAAACGUUUUAGUUAUAGAGUAAAUGUUUGGAGUCACAUGAGGAACCACGCAUGGAAAAAACGAUUCAAUUCCAAACUGACUAAAGUCAGAGAUGAUGAUUGUCAAGCAGGCAGGGAAUCUCCAUCAGGUUUAAUCUCUCCAGAACAUAAUGAAGUCCCUGUAAGUGAUAUUGGAUGUAAUACUGCUGAGAAACCAUUUAGCUGCUCUGAUUGUGGGAAAAGAUUUGGCCGCAAAGCACUUCUAAAGUCACACCUGAGAAUUCACACUGGAGAAAAACCGUUUAGUUGUUCCGUGUGCGGUAAAAGAUUUGCACAUAGGACUAAUAUGACACAACACAUGGCGUACCACACAGGAGAGAAACGAUACUGCUGUCGUGUUUGUGACCAAAGAUUUAUCUGGUAUAGUCAGGUCAAAAACCAUAAGUGUGUGGGUGGGUCCUCACAUUAUCAAAGACAAACCGAGGAGAACAGAGAGUCAGAGCUUCAAGGGCUGGAGGAGGUCGAUAUCAUCAAGUUCACAUUCUCUCCUGUCCCUGUGAAGAGUGAAGAUGAUGAAGAGAAACCUCAGUCCUCACAGCUUCAUCAAAGCCACACCGAACAGGUGAAAACAGAAGCUGAUGGAGUGGAUCCAAAUAGACAUUUACAACCAGAUACUGAUGUCAAGACUGAAGACUGUCCUGACUUUAAGGUGGAAAUCAGUGACAAUGACAAGAAAGAGACAGGCGGGGAACCUCAGUCAGGUUUAAACCGGCCUAAAAAUUAUAAAGACCCUGCGAGUACAACGGUAUGUAAUAACAAUGAGAGACAGUUUAGUUGCUCUGAGUGUGGGAAAAGAUUUGGUUGCAAUGGGAAUCUGAGUAGACACAUGAGAACUCAUACAGGAGAGAAACCAUUCAUUUGUUCCGUAUGUGGUAGAGGCUUCGCUGACAAGGCAACUCUGAUGAAACACAUGAGAACUCACACAGGAGAGAAACCAUUCAGUUGUUUGGUUUGUGGUAAAAGAUUUUCACAUAGAGUAAGUCUAAAACCGCAUAUGUUACACCACGCGAGGAAGAAACAAUUGGGCGAUGAGACUUCUCAGCUGAUCAGAGUGGAAACAUUCAGCUGCCCUGAGUGCGGUAAAACGUUUGUUCGCAAAGACACUCUACAGGAACACGUGAGAACUCACACGGGAGAGAAACCGUUCAGCUGCUCUGAAUGCGGCAAAACAUUUUGCCGUAAGACAAAUCUGAGGGCACACAUGAGGAUCCACACGGGAGAGAAACGAUUCAGCUGCAGGUCUUGUCACCAAAGAUUCACGUGGCAUCAUCAGCUCAAAAGCCAUCAGUGUGUUGGUAGUGGAGGUCCAGUCAGAAACAGAUUACUGAUGCCACGGCCACACAGUGAUGAAGUAGUUCUGUUGGUAUACUUGUAGGGCUGCUACCAAGCGGCAACCUCCGGGGCUGUAAAAUGAAGCCAUAAACUGCAGUUCCUUGAAUGGCCACUUG